CCUGAGCAUGCGCACACGGCCUGUCUGCGGCUCAAGCCUCACUCUGGGGGACACACUAGUGACGUCACGGACGGCCGCCCGUCCGUCGUUGGAUAGGAAGUUGUGUUGGGGAGCGUCACGUGAUGCAGUGCUACUUGUGUGUGUCUCGCGGCCAGUGAGAGUGGGAGGGGCAGACCGGUACCUGCCUGCGAUGCCCAAGAGCUGUGUGGCAUGCGGGGCUGUGAUGAGGAGGGGGAGCGGCAGGAGCUUCCACAGGUGGGUGUUGUCACGUGACAGACAUGGCUGCCUUCUAGGUGCAGUAAUGCUGCCACAGGGACUCUGCUUAUCACAUGGGACACCUAUGGGCAGUUAAUGAAUAAAGGCCAAAAUAGACUUCGCUGAGAUUAAAGGGACACUGUCCAAAUAUAAAAUCACUGUUUAGCAGAUAUAACCCCUAUAAUAAAAACAUCCAUUUAUUCCAUUAUGCAUUUUAUUAACAGGAAUAUCUAAAAACAAAAAAUGAAACAAAACUGCAGUUCUCCUGUCUGCUGCCUUUACAAACCCUCCCCUUCUAAGCUUGCCCCAAUUGCUGUCUCUUGAGUUUAGCUCCACUGUGCUAAGCAGACCAUGAAGUAACAGGACUGGUCUGCUUGAAAGGGAGAGGGGUGUAACACCAUUCAUUUAUGAAAGGGUCUGCUUCUAUUUAUUAAAAUCUGCACUUUUUGGAAAAUGAUUUAAAAAACCCCCCAAAAUAAAUAAGGACAUACUCUUUAAACAUAAAGCGUUUUAGCAAGUCAACACAGCGGCGGAACUAAAGUAUAAAGAUCCCUGGUGCAAGAAUUUUAUUUGCCCCCCCCCCCCUCCCUCCAAUUGCAAGGUUGGGCAAAAGGUAAAACCCUAUCUGUUGUGGAACUCCAACAAUGCAUUUACAGGUGGGGUUCUACCAAUUUCCCAUGCUUGCAGGGUUGUAUUUUGCCUUAUUUGAAUGUAAGCAUGGUUUUGUAUGAAGUAUGUUUGUCUGAAUGUGUUUGUUUGUGGUGUUGGAGUUUGGACGCAAGUGUGCAUUUAUGUGUAGUGUUGUUUUUUGAAUGUGGUUUUUAUAUAUAAUUUUGGUGCUCUGACACACAUGCAAAUACACCGAUACACACACUGACUACUUACAGAUACCGAUCUAGACAUAUAAACUGACUGACAUACUAACACACACAAAUGCAUACUGACACACACACAAUCACUGACAGACAUUAUCACGCACACACACAUACACCGUCAGGCAUACUGACAGAUACAGAGAGGUGGUAACUGUCAGGGCUUGCUUAAAAGGAGAGAAUCUUUUUGGAUUCAUACAUUAGAUACCUUAUGGCCUAAGGGAGUUUUCUUUUCCUUCUCUUUUGUAAUUAGGUAUAUAUUUAUAGUUAGAUAGUUACAUAGCUGAAAAGAGACUUGUGUCCAUCAAGUUCAGCCAGCUCACAUUUGUUUUUUGCUGUUGAUUCAAAAGAAGGCAAAAAAAAACAGUUUGAAGCCCAAUUUUGCAACAAGCUAGGAAAAAAAUUCCUUCUUGACCCCAGAAUGGCAGUCAGAUUUAUCCUUGGAUCAAGCAGUUAUUACCCUACAUUGAAAGAUUAUAUCCUUGAAUAUUCUGUUUUUGCAAGUAUGCAUCUGGUAGCUGUUUGAACAUCUGUAUGGACUCUGAUAAAACCACUUCUUCAGGCAGAGAAUUCCACAUCCUGAUUGUUCUUACAGUAAAAAAACCUUUCCUUUGCCUUAGGCGAAAUCUUCUUUCUUCCAGUCUAAACACAUGGCCUCGUGUCCUAUGUAAAGUCCGGUUUGUGAAUAGAUUUCCACACAAUGGUUUGUAUUGGCCCCGAAUAUAUUUGUAUAAUGUUAUCAUAUCCCCUCUCAGGUGAUGUUUUUCUAAACUAUAUAGGUUUGAAUUUGUUAACCUUUCUUCAUAGCUGAUAUGUUCCAUUCCUUUUAUUAAUUUUGUAGCCCGCCUCUGCACUUUUUCUAGUUUCAUAAUAUCCAAAAUUGCACAGCAUAUUUAAUAUGGGGUCUUACCAGUGAUUUAUAAAGAGGCAAAAUGAUAUUCUCGUCCAGAGAAUGAAUGCCCUUUUUCAUGCAUGACAAUACCUUACUGGCCUUGGCCACUGCAGAUUGACAUUGCACAUUGUUGCAUAGUUUGUUGUCUAUAACAAUUCCCAAGUCCUUUUCGUGUGUUGUUAUCCCUAAUUCGCUUCCAUUAAGGGUAUACGUUGCUUGUGUAUUCUUUACGCCAAAGUGCAUAACUUUGCAUUUUUCAACAUUAAAUUUCAUCUGCCAUUUGAGUGCCCAGUCCCCAGUCUAUCUAAAUCCCUGUGCAGCAAAGUAAUAUCUUGCUCACAUUGUAUUAUUUUACAAAGUUUUGUGUCAUCUGCAAACACUGAAACAUGACUUUCAAUACUGUCUAUAGUGAUAGUGAUUCAUUUCAGUUUUUUUCUCUUCUCGAAGUUACAUCGUACCCUUUUGUACCCACCUGGUAUGUGGUGGUUCUUCAAAAGGAAUGUUCGGAAUUACACGUGAUUUUUUUUUUUUUUUUUUGUCAUUCAUAUGAAUUAUAUUUCAUUUGUAUUCAUCAGUGUAUUUGGACUCUUUAGAUGUUAGAAUAACAAUUAGUCUUUAUCCAUUGAGAUUCCCUUUCAUUAUUGAUUAUUUAUAGAGAAAAGAAUUUAGCUUUCUAUUUCCAUUUCUUCAUUAAUACAGUCAAAUUAAUUAUUAAUUACUCUCAAAUUAAUUAUUGAAAUUUUGCCUGCUUCAUGGAUUUAUAAAUGCCAGUUUAACUUGAUGUAUUAGACAGGACACCCGAUUUUUUUCAUGUUAUGGAAUAUUAAACUAUAGAUGAAUGUAUUAUAGUCUAUAUAAUAGGUUACUGCAUCUUUAAGAUCCUGAGCAGACUUCAUGUCUUGUUUUUAUAUGCCACCUAUACAUAUGUUUUAACAUGUGAUUAUAAUCUUUUAGUAACUUAAUUUGAUUUGGGGUUAUUUAAACGCUGCUGUUAUGAUGUAUCCCUUAUGCACGAUUAAGGCUAUGUGGAGCCGAAACGUUGCACUUAUUUUUUGGUGAGGUGGUGAACCCAUGAAAAAAACUUACCUUCAUUAUCCUGGAGUGCUGCCUGUGUUUCUCUUCUUUGAUACUGCGUUGGUGGAUUCAGCAGUGUCCAUCCUACACACAGAGCGCCCCCUUGGUGGAAGGCCGGAACAGUGAUGCAGAACUUGAGUGCAGGGUAUACUGUUUUUGUCAGACACAGAUACACACUGACAACUUACAGAUACAUAUACAUAAACUGACUGACAUACUGACCCACAGACAGGCAAAUACACUGACACACACAUACAGACAUACUGACACACAUGUAAAAACAUUUUUAAACCCACCCUUCAGUUUCCUACCUUUUGCUGGAGGGUGGCUUUCCUGGGGUCCAGUGUGGUGCCUGAGAGUGUGGUGCUGAUGGGAGUGAAGAGUCCCCAUCCUCACUGCCUUUGGCUCACUCCCACUUUGCUCCUCCUGCUCACUCCCACGCAGCUGCUCUCCUCCCAUAUUGCCGAAAAGCAGGGGUCCGGUCGUGCUGUUAAAGGGCCACACCACCCGACUGGGCCCCUGCUGAUAGAAGUGUGUGGGCCUCCUUAGAGUGCGGGGCCCAAAUAAAUUGUUGAGGGCAGCAGGGCCCACAGGGCAGCUGCCUUGGGCCCCCCAGGAGUAACUGGGCCCAGGGCUGCUGCACCGUUUUCCUUGUGUUAAAGACGGCCCUGAUCUUAUAAUAUCAUUUUAAUGGGACUAACAGAAUUUUGGAAUUACCACAAUUCUGGUAGUCCAAUAAAAAAGGUAUCGUGAGAUACUAAUUUCAUCUGUAAUUUUACAUCUGACAUGAAUUUGGUAUUUUAGAAUAAAUUGAAAUUUGAAUGAUAAAAAUAUCAGCUUGUGGGGGGGAAGUUCCUAACACCGCUAUACAGGUUUAUGGACCAAACACUGAAUUUUAGCGAAUUAAACGAACAGGGCGCCAUAACAACAUGAAAUAAAUUAAGUUGCCAUGGUGCCAGAAGAUCCCUAGCACUUCUUUGCCACUAGAGGUUAAAUUGUUCACAACCGGUUUAACCCCAAAGUCUGUGCUCCAGCACCGGAGUGCACUGCCCCCCUGUCCUUCCACUUUCUGAAGUUCUUCGAAACUGGAGGCUCAGGCAGGGGCACCACUGAUUGACAUAGAGCUGUUAGCUGAUGCUCUAAACCCAUCAAUAGCUCCCCAUUCAUAAAAACAGCUUGAGCAAGGUGUGUACCUUUUCAAGAUGUUUUUAUGAUUGGAGAGUGACUGUUUGGAUAAGAGCGUCAGCUGACCACUCUAAGCCAAUCAACUGCGCUCCUGCCGGAUAGCUUUCUCAGGCUUCUGUUCUGAAGAAUUUCAGAAAGGGGAAGGACAGGGGUCAGAGCUGGAGCAUACUUUGGGGUUAAACCGUUCAUGAACAGUUUAUCCCCUAAUGGUAAAAAAGUGUCAGGGACCUCCUGGCACCAUAACAACUUUAUUAUGAUGAAGUUGUUAUGGUGCCCAAACUGUUCCUUUGGCAGAAUGGCAAAGCUGAGGAAAACACAGCUGUACUGGAUAAAUUCUCCAACUGGGCCAUCAUCACAACUUGGCCAUUUUACAAUGAGUUGUUUAUACUUGUUAUAAGAACUCAAUAGAAACAGAGGGUGUCUAUAUUUUACAAAUAACGCAGUCCAUUUCCAUGUUUUUUCUUUUUCACCUAUUGUCUUUUGUAAUAUUUUAUAUGUCAAUUCAUUGUUGACAAAUGUCCACAUUAUAUAAUUGUAAAGCACUGCAGAAUAUGUUGGCGCUAUAUACAUGCUAACAAUAAUUUACAUCUUAAUAUUAACCCCUUAAAACCGGAGGACGUACAAUUACGCCCUCUAAUAGGCGGCUCUAAACGCCGCCGGGCGUAAUUGUACGCCCUCCGGUUUUUGUUAACUUACCCGGUCACCGGCGGUCCCACGCCGGCGAUCGCGGUUGGGGGGACUCCCAGGGAGCCCCCCGCGGCACGUCCGUCCUCGUCGAAGCCCCCCGGCCAUGUGAGAGUGGGGUCCUAGCGAGGACCCCACAAUCACAUGGCCAGGGAUAGCUGGCUUCUGUAUUGCCGGCAGGGGGGCUGCCUGUAAUGACAGGUGGUCCCCCUGCUGGCUGAAAAUAAAAAUAAAAAAAGUUAAUGGUGUAAAAAAAAAAAAUAAUUAUAUAUACUUAGAUCAUAUAUAUAUAUUAUAUAUAUAAGUAUAUAUAUACACAUAUACUUACACACACAUACACCGUCUAGGUGUAUUUUACUAUUAAUAUAUAUAUAAUUAUAUAUAUAUUAAUAUCAAAUUACACGUAGACUGAUACUGAUUAAAUAUAUAUAUAUAUAUAUAUAUAUAAUUAUUGUUAUAUAUAUAUUUAUAUAUAAUAUAAAAAAAUUAAAUAUGUAAAUACGUUAAAAAAUAGAAAUUAAAAAAAUAAUUAAAAAAAUAUAUAGAUAUUUAGUAUUUAUUUCAUUCCUAGCAUUUUAUUGAAAUUAAUAUAUAUAUAUAUAUAUAUAUAUAUAUAUAUAUCAAAAUACUUUCGUAGAAGCGGAAAUAUAUAUAUAAUAUAUACAUAAAAUAUAUAUAAAUGUAUAUCACUAUAUAUAUAUAUACCUAUAUAUAAAUAAAAAAUAUUUUAAAAAAUUAUAUAGAUAUAUACAUAUAUAUACAUACUUAUUAUAUAUAUACAUAUAUUAUUAAUUCUACAUAUAUAUUUAUGUAAUAUUUUUGCAUAAUUAGGUAUCUUAAUUAAUUACAAUUAGCGGGACCUGCCUGACAACCCAUGCCGAAAGUAAAGGGAAUUUAAUUUGCUAGCACUAUAUUUAACCCUAUAACUUUCCAAGACACCAUAAAACCUGUACAUGGGGGGUACUGUUCUACUCGGGGGACUUCGUUGAACACAAAUAUUAGUGUUUCAAAACAGUGAAAUGUAUUACAAUGAUGAUAUCGCCAGUAAAAGUGGCGUUUUUGCAUUUUUCAGCACAAACAGCAUUACGGACAAUGUGUGCUGUAUUGCUGUUUGAAAACGCAAAAUGGCUGGCGGUAUUCAUCCAAUAACUAGCCCUCAUGUCAGGCUAUCGAAGCCUCGAUUCUAAAGAUUACAAUCAGAAAUACCAAAGGCUUGCAUUUCAUUAUUCACAUUAAAAUUAUGGGUAGUUAAGGUUGCCUUGAGACCUAUGGUAGCAGAAAGAAUGAAAAUUACCUAUGAUGGCAUACCAUUUUGACGUGAACCAGCAGGUAUUUGAGCAGGGUAUGUCCAGUCUUUUUUAGUAACCACUUAGUCACCAAGCUUUGGCAAAGUGGCAUUUUUGCAUUUUCACAAGCGAAUGCGAGCGGCUAACGGCCGGGUGUUUGUGACCGAAAUAACUUUACUAAAACUGAACUGCUCACAGCAGGUUUAUCUAUUACAAUGGCUCUGCAUUAUGGGUGUAAAUUUCAUUCCCGGGCUACUAUACAGUCUCAAAGGCAACGUAACCAAUCUGGCAAAAUUCAAUUUCAAAUGUAACGUGCUAUAUUUGACCCUGUAACUUCCCAAAACGCCAUAAAACCUGUACAUAGGGGGUACUGUCUUACACGUGAGACUUUACUGAAUAUAAAUAUGUGUAUUUUAUUGCAGUAAAAGCAAACAGUAUUAUGACAUUGACGUUAAAAUGUCAUGUAGAACUGAAAAAAAUCCCAAAAAAACGUAUUUUCUCCCAUUUUUUUCAUAUUAAAUUGUUUCAUAGCUAAAUAUUUGAUAUUAAAUGAAAGCCCUGUUUCCCCUGAAUAAAAUGAUAUAUAAUAAGGGUGGGUGCAUUUACUAUGAAAGAGGUGUAUUACGGUUGGACAGACAUGUAGCGCAAAUGGCAGGUUUUGUUUACAUUUUGUUUUGUUCACAAUGUGUACAUUUGGCUCCGUCCUUAAGGGGUUAAAGAAAACUGGUUAUGCUUUGGAAUUGACAUCACCUAUAAGCUAUAAACACAGCCACAGGACACACUACAAAUGAAGAAAAGAAAUAUACCCUAACAAAAUGACAGGAAUAAAAUCAUAACUAAUAAGUCUGUGAAAGCAGGGUUGUAUUUGCACCCCUCUUCUUCCAUUUGUGAAAACUCCCAUUCCUGUUUCCAUGUGCCUGGUACAUUCCCUAGCUAACUAUAGGCACACAAUCUCCAGUGUUCAUUAGCUCUCCCUAUGUCAAGCUUUUUCUUGGGUCCACUUUUUGUCCUGUAUAUUUUCUACUUCAUACAUCUCCCUAACCAUCUCCUUUUUUCAUAUCCUCUCCUGCUUCUGCUACCUCCCAGUUUCACUUGCAUAUACAUCCUCCCAAACUCCCUAGUCGUCUCUCUCCAUUUUAUAAAUUGCUACCUCCCAAUUUCACUGCAUCUACUUCCUCCCAAACUCCAUAUACCUCUCUCCCCAAUUUUAUAAUGAAUUGCUGAUUUCCAUCUGCUAAUGAAGAGUAGAAAUUUAGUAUGCAACCUAUGUAGUUGUAGAAAAUAACUUUUUUCCCCCCUUACAUUUUCAGGUUUCCUAAUGACCCUGUGAAGAGAUCAAAAUGGGUUUGUUUAACUGGCCGGGAGCAUUUUAUUCCUAAUAAAGAAACUGUACUUUGUUCAGCUCACUUUGAAGAUCAUUGUUUUGAUCGUACAGGACAAACUAUCAGACUUCGAGAAGAUAGCAUGCCAACACUUUUUGGAGGGAUCAGGAAUCAGCUUGCUGAGGUAUGGUUAAGAGAAUGGCAAGCUUACAAAUGCCAGCCUUGGUAGUGAUAGUGUUAAUUAGUAAGAAUUGUGACAUACCGUAUUUUUCCAUGUAUAAGAUGUAUAAGUUUUUUUCUAAUUUUAUUUUAAUCUAAAAUUGGGGGUCGUCUUAUACAGGUAAUGUCACUGCAGAGAUUAAAAAAAACUAAACACUUGUACAUGAAGCCUAACUUAAGAUUGCGCCUGCCGCAUUUCAGUGUGCCACGUUUCACACACAUAGCUGGCCUCCCUCCUGCCAAUCCACUUCUGAAUGCUGUGGCAAGGAGGAAGAGGUCCCUAUAUGUGUCGGAGCUGCAGCAGACGUCGCCACUUACCACCAAUUGAGCUCCAGAGACAUGCCACAUCAUAAAAGGAGCAGCCAUAUUAAGGUUUGCCCCACCUCAGGUAGGUCUUGCUUUCUGAUUUAUAUUUAUGGUGGCGGAAAUGGGGAUCAGAGGGAAUAUUACUGUGAUGUUUCAGCAUGCCCUCACACCACUUGCUGUAUUGUGGGAGCUGUAGCCUCCCAGCAUGCACUAUAGAGCCAUUAACUUCCCAGAGUAUCGUCAGGGGAGACAUGAGAAUCAGAAGUGUGUUGUUCUCCUCUGAUGUCACCUCUAAAAUAUCAAAGUUGUUCUAUUUGAUGUUUAAAAUAUUGAUUUCUUAAUUUUGGGGUUUGUCUUAUACAUGGGAAAAUACGGUAAUUGUUUUUCAUAAACAAAAUCAUUUUAUUAUGGUGACAUUGAAGAUAUACAUUUUACUAUUUGAGCUGUAUUUUCUUGCCAAUUUCUAUUAAAAUCUCAAACUGAAAACUUGAAACAGUCCAGAUAAUUAAACCACUUGAAAUGCAAGUGCAAGCUGAAUUGCUUUAUUUGUAUGGAUUACUUGUUAAAACCUUUUCUUUUAGUCCUUAUAAUGUUAGGAUUGUGCUGUAACAAACAUCAUAAAAAUAAGUUCACAUUGUAUGUUUAUUUUUAUUACAGUUUUCUAGCUAGUGGCGAGGAAACUAAAUUACAAACCUUGGAGACAAUUUAAAUAGAUGUUUUUCCAAUUUUCUUCCUUCUACCUCUCUGCAAAGAAUUGUAACUGAAUUCUGAAAUUAGAAAGCUUGAAAUUUGAACUUUUUAAUGAGUUGAAUGAAUACCCUAUAUUAAGUAACCUGCAGCUACAUUUUUUAUCUAAGUGACAUUAUGUUCCCUCCUUAUAGGCUACCAUAGCAUGCCAACAAAAAUGGUGCUGAUGAAAGCCACAUAAUCUUCAUAAAUAAGUAAUGUCUGUUGUUUUUUAACUGCAUCAGAGUUCUGCGUAUGAAUCUUUCUUCAAGACACAUGGGAAGCACAGUAUAUUUGGUAGGUGGGAUUCUUUUUAAAUAGCGGUAAUUUGCAUACUAGACUAACCCAUUACAUAUAUACAAUAUGAGUUAUUCUCAUAUACUGAUAUAGUCGACAGCUGCAUCAGAACAGAAUGCCAUCAUUAAUGGACACGGUGACAGUAGGAGAACCACCUAAUAGAAGGGUUCUCUUUUCCAGUCCAUCAAAUUUCAGAAUGGACCAGUAUUUAGAGAAUUGAUUUUCAGGUUGGGGCAAAUUUUUAAAACAACAUUAAAAUCAAAAUCAGCCAAUCAAAUGCUUGUUAUAGAUAAGCAUUCAGUCAUGUGCUUCUGUAUAGGAAGUAUUAACAGUAAAGUCUAAAAGAGAAUAUAAAUAUUCUGAGAACAUUUGUCAAAGUACAGGGACAAGGUCUUUGCAUAAAAAGCACUACUAAGAUGUAGUGGCUGUGGUGCUUAGUGUUUUUAAAUCCUGAAUAGAUUUAAUUUGUGCAAAGUUUAAAUGGGUAUAUGCAGUGACACUACAUUGCACUGAAACAUUUAGUGACACGCAUAUUAGAAUUUAAAGCAAAUCUUUUAGGAAGCUUUAUUGUUUAAUACAUUUUAUGUGGUUUUUUUUUUUUGUGCUUCAGCAUGUUACUAAACUGUCUUUGAAGAGAAAUUUUAAAGAAGGCGACAGUGCCUCUGUGUGUCAUGGAGGACUGCGUGUGAUCUCUGAUCAUUGCUAUGCGUUAGCAUGCCCUGAGACUGCUAAAAAGAAGAUAGCAGAGUUGCAGCGGCAAAAUGAAACGUUAAAGAAAACUAUGAAAUCCAACAGGCAACGAGAACGGAGAUUGGCAAGGAAAUGGAGAGCAACGUGUAAUAUACUGCAAGGACUAAAGUCCCACCAAGGACUUAACCCUAGUAAGGCAGAGGAAGUGUUGGGAAAUAUUUUGAGUUGUAUCUCUAUGGAGUUUCUAGAUGAGAAAAAUCCUCCUCUAAAUAUAUGUUGAAAACCAUAUUUAUGUAUAUUUGUAAAUACUUUAAUAUCUCUUGUGUUAUAACUCAGUGGCUUAUUGUAUAUUGUCAUAAAGAACACAAGUGUUUUUUUUGUUUUUUUUAAAACAUGAUGUAAAGACAGACUUAGCCCUCACGACUGAUUGAGACUGUCUAAAGAGCUUGAAAAGGAGAUCUGUACACAAUGUUUUCCAUAUUAGUAAAAAACUUAGUGGAGCAGCCAGGGAGACUUUGUUAUAUUUUGUAUAUAAAUAAUUAUUUGAUAUUAUAAAACAAACAUUUAAAAUGAUUACAGAAAACUAAACGUACAUUAAAUAUUGGGUUAGAGCAGCGUUUCCCAAUUGGUGUUCCCGCUGUGAUUUGCCCAUUGGGUGGCCCAUGUACUUAAGGCCACCCGAUGGGCAUUGCUGCACAGGGAACUGGUCAGCGCCGCUGCCGAUUAAUGGCGCGACCAGAUCCCCGUAGUAUGGGAUGCUGGGAGGAAGUUAUGGACGGUCACUUCCUCACAGCUUCAUAUAGAAAAUGCUGUGCUGGAGGGAGAGAGGCAGCAGCCAGGAGUGAGCAGCUUCCCCCCACACACCAGUCUCAGGCACCAAGUCACCCUCCUGCAGACAGCAGGUAUGCUAAUAGGAGGGUGACUGCAUAUAUAUAUAUAUAUAUAUAUAUAUAUAUAAAAUGUGUAUGUGUGUCAGUGCAUGUGUCACUGUGUAUAUCUGUGUCAAUGUGUAUCUGAGUGUCACUGUGUGUGUGUCUGUGUCUAUCUGUGGGUCAGUGUAUCUAUGUGCCAGUAUGUGUGUACGUGUGUAAGUGUCUAUGUGUAUAUGUGUGUGCCAUUGAAUGUAUCGGACUCAAACACACCCUUCACUUAAACAAAAAUACUACACACAUGCAUUUAAAAGCCAACACUACGUCCAAACAAACCCCUAAACGCAAAUGCAAACAUUACUUACAAAACACACCCCUGUAUAAAAUGCUAAAAUUAUAUACAAACACCAACUCUACACACAUUUGCUAAUUGAAAGGUUUUUUUGGGGUAGGGAGGGGUUUUCGACAAUGUUUAUACACUAUGUAAAAGGAUUCCAUAGGAAAAAAAUAAUUGGGAACCCCUGGUUUAGAGAUAAGUUUGUAUUCAGUACUAUGGAUGAAUAGGUCUAUUGAAAGCUCUCUGAAUUAUGGGAGUUAAAGUCUGAACCUUCUUGAAGGAAAGCACCCCACUAAAUCCAAUCUCAACAGACAUUGGCUAAAAAUUGUCCAUUUUGAUGAUGCCACAAAGUGGGGCGGAGCCAGCGCCAGCAGACUCGCGCAUCGCUGGAAAUAAAGUACGUUUUAAACUUUUAUAGGGGACUACGGGGAGCCACUUAAAUUGUAGGGUUAGCACUAUAGGGUCAGGAACACGUUUGUGUUUGUGACCCUAUAGUGAUCCUUUAAUGGCAUACUGUAGGCACUGUAAUUGAUUCAUCUCAUUGAAAUGGUUAUAGUGUCUGGAGUUCCCUGGCACCAUCCUUCCAUUCAGCAUUGAACCUAUUUUAAGGCCAAUUGAGACUCCCCAGCAAUUCCCCUCACCCCCUCCCUGUACUGCUUGGGCUAAUGAGGAAGUGUUAGAAUGAUCAGCAAUGGGUAGCUGGGAUUGGUUGGGAGUGUCAACUGACCAGUUUCAGUCUGUCUUAAAGCAGAUUGCUGCCAUGAGUUUGUAUGAAUAGAAGAAAGUGUAUCAUCUCUACCUUAGACAUGUCUUCCGUAAGAUUGUGGCUGGCCAGGGACCCUCUUUCAGUGUUAAACUGCUCAAAAAUGGGUUAUCAAUGACAGGGUUAUUAACUAAAGUGAUAAUUCAAAGUGAAUCUCUAAUUCAAGGGAAACAUAGCCAAACUAGGGACAGUCCCUCAGCUGUGCUUCCAAUUCAUCUACUUGGGCAUUAAAUUUGAAAUUCACUUACGAGAAUAACCAUGUGGAUAAAGAGACCGUGCCAGUGGAUUCCAGGCACUAUAAACAAGAAAAAGACAUAGAAAGAAGAGGAGGAAGACUUAAGAUUACAGCAAGUCAGGGAUCCAAAAGGGUGGCAACAAAGCUUCAAUGCAUUGAUAUAAUAUAUUUUCAGGAAGGAUUCAUGACUGUGGUGAAUAGUGCUGUGGGGAUGCUUAUGUGGAGACAUUAAAGAGACACAAUAAUAAAAUAACUUUAAUGAAGACAUUUUUAAAGUGUCUUUUAUGUUUGGUCACAAACAUUCAAUUCUAGUAAAACAGCCACAGGCCACUUUACAAAUGCUUAUAUUUAUUUCUCAAAAAUGUGAUACUUAAAUGGGAAAUACAUUUUUUUUAAUGAUCACAAGUUAAGAAAAAUCUACUUGUUAAAGUGAACUAGUCAUAACAUAGGUUUGCAGUUUGCAUCUUAAUAUAAAUUAAUAUUUUUUUUCAUUACCCCGGCUCCUGCUUAAAGCGUAAAUCAUGUUUUAGUGGGUUCUACACUUUCUUUAAUACACCUACUGCAUACACCUCUUCUUCUGCUUCUCAUUACAGAUUAAAAUUUCCCUAUACUUUGUUUGCUUUAUGGUAUGCAAAUAAAAAAAAAAGUGUCCUCUCUAUCAACAUUAUCAGAUUACCUGUUCAAAGCUCCUACUAUAAAUCAUUCUGGCUCUCUCUCCACUCUGCUGGUGCUGCUCUCACAUAAAGCCUGAAUAUAUUUCCCCUUACAGGCAUUGCUUUCCCUUAGGCAGAAGUCAAGCAGAAGAGAUGCCCUGAGGAGGGUUUACCUGGUACAGAUACGCAGAGCACAGCCUUCUUAUUUCUGUGCUAAUCUGCACAUAGUGAAUUGACUGACAGGAGGUGGAAAGGGCUAUUUUUUUGAAAUCUCUGAUUUUAGAGAAAUCUAUACAUUUGCUAGCACAAAGUAUAAAUUAAAUCUAAUUCUCUUAUCAUUUAGGAUUUAGUUGUAUUUGGUAUGACUGGUACCAUUUAAAUUCACAAAUCUACUAAAUUCCUAAACUGUUUCAUGUUCUUCUUAGAUGUGAAAUGUAUUUGCUCUCAUGGAGAUGAUAACUUUGGAAAUGUGCAACAGCUUGAAGCAAUAUUCUGUCAAAAAUCACCCAUCUUUAUCAAAAACCCUAUGUUGUCAUGGUAAAAUGUUCAUUCCUAAAAUAACAAUAUGGCAUCUACCGUAGGCUGAAUGAGAAGCAUCUGCAUUUUAACUCAGAAUAGCCACGUUUAAAAAUAAUUAUUUGUCUAUUCAGAGUUGGUGAUUUUAUUUUGUUUCAUUAACUCUGUUUAGGCAUAACGUUUGGAAGGUGAUUUAUUAGUUUAUAGCAACUACAUUUUUAGAACAUUCUCUACAUGUAUAAAAAAAAAAAGCGCGUAAUUCUCUUCUAGUAGUAAAUACAAUUUGCUUUAUAUCUUAUUUUGGAAUGUGGCAGAUAUGGAGAUUAACAAACUGUUUUUCAUAUGUCCACUGCAAUAGGUCACAUGUGG